GACAACCUCGCUGCAUAGGUGAUAUAUAAUCGACCACCGAAGUCCACAAAUGCUGUUCGGUAUCUCCAUUGAGCAAUGGGCGGCCAUAAUUCUUGUCGGCGCCACAGUCUUUGGGCCGAAGGACAUUCCUGUAAUUGGCCGAGCAGCCGGGAGGAUGGCCGGGAAAGCCGUCGGAUUCCUAACGAGCGCACGACACCGAAUGGAGCUCUUUGCGGAGAGGACACAGGUAAAUGAGCUGCACAGAGAACUUCGGGAAACGCUAGCACAAGUGGAGGCCAUCCGACACGAAGUCCAGUCUGGCGUCAGUCUUAUGAAUCCAGGGCCGCUCACAAGGCGAGUUCUUAAGCACGCCUCACCAGAUUCAGCUGUCAACGGUCAGAACCUUGCGUCGUCGAUGUCAGAAAUGUCAAACGAUGCCCGCGCUGGAGAUCAGCCUUCGACUGAUGUAAAGACUGUACCGCAGAACAAGCCGAACGAUCUACUGUCGACGGAGAGGCGGGAGUCGAGUUUCCCGAGGCACUGGGAGAAGAGGUCACAACUCACAGGCUUCGCAGCAGCAAGCCAAUGGGGACCGGGUGAUGCAGUAAUGGCUUCCAACCUAGAGUCAACGACUGCAAUUCCACAGUCGUCAAAGACGUCCGAGACCGUCAAGACGCAGAAGACAUCCUCAGACACAGGAUACCCAAUUCCACUGCCAAUAUCAGCCGUCGAUGCAGGACUACUUCCCAGCCGAUCGGAUUCUGCUUGCACGGGGGCUGACAUUGUGGCAGAUUCCAUAGUGGAGAGAGAAGUCGCACUUCAAGCUUUGCGGUUCUUUCACCAAGCAGGAAUUCCCGUCGGCAAUGGUCAUCAGCAUCCUCGUAAAUCGAACCCGUGAUGGGCGCCUGUUCUGCUAGAGUCAGGCCGGACCAGGCUAUACCUGAGCUAUGUAUGGACAAGCCUCAGCGUU